GCUGGCAGGAAUGGAAGGGGUGUAUGCAGAGUGCUGAGAGGACUGAGGAGAGAGAAAGGGUGGGGAGGGAGAAGAGUGAGGAGGAAAGACUCAGGGGAGGAGAAAGAUGGGUUGAAUGUUUUUGGGUUUUUUAAACAUCUUUGUUGGAGUAUAAUUGCUUUACAAUGGUGUGGGGUUGAAGUUUUGUGGAGAGAAAAAGACUAGAAGAUUAGGAGUCGUUUGCCACUCAGAGGAGGGGGCAGAAAACUCCAAGCCUUGGCCGUUGCCUUGAAAGCAUGUGUGGGCAUGCCUGCGUGAGUGUGUGUGUGUGUGUGUGUGUGUGUGUGUGUGAGAGAGAGAGAGAGAGAGAGGGAGGGAGAGAGAGAGAGAGAGAGAGAGAGAGAGUGUUUCAGUACGUACUUCAGAUGUUGCUCUGUUGAUUGUUGCUGGGAGUCAGUCCACACAGUUCAGAGUGUGUGUGUGCGUGUGUGAGUGUGCAUUCGAGAGCACUAGGAGGUGUUUGUGUGUGUGUGUCUGAAUAUACAGCUUGGGCAGAUGUGCGUGCCUCGAGCAUGCAGGGUGUGUACGACAGUAUCAGCAGGUGCAGGGUAGGAAGCGCCUGUGCGCUGCCGUGGUGGAGGGCACACAGUUCUAGGAGGCCACUUGCCCCACCCCCAGACCUCUCUCUCCUUCAGGUCAGGAGGGGCGUUGCCCAUGGCUGGCGUUGCCAGGAGGAGCCCCGAGGCGGCUGGGGCUGUGAGGACAGAGCGCCAGGCAGCAGGGGGGCAGCAGGCGCUGGAGGAGGCGGACGGGCUGCGUGUGGGGUAGGCGGGCGGGCAGAAGGAGGCCUUUAAAGCACCUGCCCCACCCACAGGUGAGCAGUGCUGUGGAGAGCCAGCUCCGUCUCCCCGCCUGCCCACUCAGUGGCAGUUCCCCGGAGCUGCAGUUCCCUCUGGAGCCUCAGCAGAUCCCUCUUUCAGAACUCACUACCAAGAACCCUGAACAGGAGCCACCAUGCAGUGCUUCAACUUCAUUAAGACCAUGAUGAUCCUCUUCAAUAUGCUCAUCUUUCUGUGUGGUGUGGCCCUGUUGGCAGUGGGCAUCUGGGUGUCAGUCGACGGAACAUCCUUCAUGAAGAUCUUCGGGCCACUAUCAUCCAGUGCCAUGCAGUUUGUCAACGUGGGCUACUUCCUCAUCGCAGCUGGCGCUGUGCUCCUCACUCUUGGUUUCCUGGGCUGCUAUGGUGCUCAGACUGAGAACAAGUGUGCUCUCAUCAUGUUCUUCUUCAUCCUCCUCGUCAUCUUCAUUGCUGAGGUUGCAGCUGCCGUGGUUGCCUUGGUGUACACCACAAUGGCUGAGAACUUCCUGACGUUGAUGGUAGUGCCCACCAUCAAGAAAAAGUACGGUUCCCAAAAAGACUUCACCCAAGUGUGGAACUCCACCAUGGAAGGGCUCAAGUGCUGUGGCUUCACCAACUACACAGAUUUUGAGGACUCUCCCUAUGUAAAAGAGAACAACGUCUUUCCCCCAUACUGUUGCUUUGACCGUGACAAUGGCACAUUUGUGGAACCCUGCACUAGUGUCGAGGCCCAGAACCAGAAAGUAGAGGGUUGCUUCAAUCAGCUUCUGUAUGACAUCAGAACCAAUGCAGUUACCGUGGGUGGUGUGGCAGCUGGAAUUGGGGGCUUAGAGCUGGCUGCCAUGAUUGUGUCCAUGUAUCUGUACUGCAAUCUGAAAUAAGUCGGCUUCUGCCUCCGCCACUGCUGCUGCCAUACAGGAACUGGGAAGGGGCACCCCAGCACUGCCAAGAGGCAGUGAUCAGCGUGGAGACAGGAUCUAACAGUGUCACUUGGGCUGGAGUGGGCCUGGGGCCAAAUAGGCAGCACCCCCUUGAACCUGUGCCAGACUUGUCCUUCCAUUGGUGAUGUUGGGGUCCACCUAUUUCAGAGCCUCUAAGGUAGCCAAUCCUCUUGCCCAUUCCUCCAGUCUGUUUCUUAAACCCUUGAUACUCUCUCAGGCCAGGGGGGUGGGGUGCUCUUGGUGAUCCCAGUACUCCACAGGGGGGAUUAAAGGCACUGCACCGAUAACACGAGCAUAUGCAAAAUCAGCAGUCACCAGGCAGAUGUGUAGAAAGCACUUCAGAACUCAAAAACCCAUUAAAAUGUUUCCAUUUGGACUCUUUUCGUGUAUCCUUCAGGAGAGGGACCCAUCAUGCCUCAACAGGCCUCAGAUUCCUGUGGGGCUAUUGACUCAGAAGGCUCCCAGAAAUGUAGCAGAAUGGAAGUAGCACGGAGGUGGGUGGCUAUUUCUCACCUUCAUUCGGAUGCCAGGAAUGGGAGGGAGCCUAGCAAGGAUGGCCAAGAGGACACUGAGGGAGGAAGCAGGGGCUGAGCCAGUCUGCAGUCCUAUAAUGUGGGAGGACUUUGGCCUGAAACUGCCCUCUCCUGGGUAGGAGCACUGGGCUGGAAAGCUAUGAAAAUAAAAAGCUUGUGCCCAAGUGGGGGCAGGGAGAGCCGAAAUAUUGCCAGGGCGAUGGAAGAGGGUCAUUCCUUAGGCUCUGGGAAGCCCUCCGGAAGCCCCCAUCAGGGGACCCAAGCUGCCUACCCUUCUCAUGCAGGCACAGCCCCCGACCUGUCCCUGCUUUGGGGACUUCAGAAAGAAUUUCAUUUACUCUCGGUCUUUGUUGCCCAGGGCUCUAUAGAUUUGAUCUCUUAUCGAGUCUUAACCACCCCCAUGUUCCAGAAACUGGGCCUAGAAAGGCCAAGUGACUUGUUCCAGGCCCACAACCUCCCAUGAAGAGCUGAGCCUGGAUGUGGGUCCGGGACAUCUGACUCCAGAGCCGGGUGGGAUCCUGGCUGACAUGGGAACAUGACUUACUUUUAGGCCAGAAUGUCCCAGACAUAGAUCUGAUUGCUGCUGCAGGAGACAUAGCACUAGGGUGGGAGGCUGUGGCCAAAGGAUAUGGUGUCUACUACCAGGCGAAGCCCAGCCUGGCAAACCAGUCCUCCUUGCUUGCCUCUGAGCCCUGGAUUCCUCUUCCCCGGUUUUACUAGGGCAACCCAGAUCCAUCACCCUCGUGAAUCCAAAAAGGAACUGCGACCUAGCCGGUGCAGUGCAGUGCCUGAGAGCUGGCCUGUGAGGCCCAGAUCAGCAGCCUGCUGGGAGGAUGGGCAGGUAGAGCACUUAGCCCCCUCCCACCUUUACCACCUUUCUAUGCCUCUCACACUACCCCACCCCCAGGCACCUGUAUAGAGACUACAAGGGAUUUGUCUGCCCUGGGUGGGCCUCCUCCACCUCAUUAUGAACUAAUUGUUCCUCAACCUGGCUGUUGUGGCACCUCAAGCGCUAUCUCUACCUCCAGCAAACACUGAAGCCACACACCACCCGUGCCAUCGCCGAGCGGGGCUCCAGGCACCGCUUGGAGAGGCAAGGGCAGAGAGCUGGUGACAGGGCAGAGCUCCAGCCAGCUCCUGCCUCCCUGGCCAAGGCUCUACAUAAGGAGCUCAUGAGGCUCACUUUGCAAGGGCUCUGCAGGCAGACCCCUUCUCCAAGUGUCCUACACUUACUCUCUUGAACCUAAGUCCUUCACAGUUUCCUUAAAUGUCAUGCCCUGUGCCUUGGGCUAUCUCAACCACUUCCUCUGGACAAUCUCAUCCAUUUUCUGGUGCUAGCGUGACCAACUUAGAUCUUCCUGACUUCUUUGGAUCACUGGUUGGGUGAUCUGAUGAAAAUGAUGGCUUUUCUCCAGAAAAAUGCCCAGAUAUGGAGUCUACAUACAAAGUACCCUAAGGACCAUAGACAUCCUUGUUCCUAUGUCUCCACCGGCAGCCCAGUCCUCACUUCCUGAAUGAUGCCCAUUCAGCUCUGUCUCAUCCACUUCCUUCCCACCUCCACUAUACUCACCUGCUCUCUAUCACCGCCCCCCGCCCCCAUCCCCAGGUAUCCCUUUGUGCUCUCUCUUGCUCCAUUUUUGGGGACAGGUGCCCUGGCCCAGACACGAGCUAGGCAGAAAACAGCCUGAUGGUUAAUUAAACAGUGGGAAUGGGGUAUAGGGUGGCCGCUCUGAGCUCAGCCCCAAGUAGGGUGGGGCAAAGGUCAGGCUCUGUUGUUCUAGGGUAAAAACAUUGGAGUUUGAGACUUGGGCAUCCCCUGCUGGCCAAAUGGCCCCAAAUGGAAGAUAAACCUGUGGAGGACAGUAAAGAAAACCCAUCAUCCAUCAUGACCAUCCUCUCUGCCACCCAUCUCUCUCUCUUUCUCUGUCUCUGUCUCUGUGUGUGUCUG